AUGGUCGAAAAGAACCGGCUCCUGGAAGCGGACAAGGUCGGCCUUAGCCAAGACAAUGCCCAUUUUUCUUCGAGGCUCGGUGAACUCGAGGCCACUAUCUCUCAACUUCGGAGUGAGCUGGACUCGGUCAAGGCUGAUGCCGUGAAGAUGGCCGAGAGGCAUAGGCUGCUUGAAUCCGAGAAUGCUGAGUACAAGGAGAAGUUGAGGGUAUUCGAACAGAAAGCCGAGGAUAGGGCCCGGAUAUGCGACGAGCUCAAAACCAAAUUCGAGGAGACAGCCGAGGCCAAUGACAUUCUGAAGGCCGAGCUUGAGUCGGCUACUCAAGUUCAAAGAAUCCUCGAUGAAGAGAGGUCGGAAUUAGUGGCUAAAUUGGCCCAAGCUGAGGCCGACUUAGCUGAGUCUCUUAAGAAUGUGGAGGUUGCCGAGGCUCAUACCACGAUUGCGGUUGAGUAUGAACGGUGGAAGUCCCGAAGGGCCACCCUUGAGCAAGCCCAACAAGGAUUUGGGGACCUCCCGGCCCUGAUACUUGAAGCCCGAACGAUCGAGAAGGAAGCCAAGAGAGCCCUCAAUACCGAUUUUGAGGAUUCUGAGAGAACAGUAUCCGAGCACUCCGGCUCCAGUCGCACCGGGUAG